AUGAGAAUAAUAACUCUUUUUUGUAUUGCUUAUUUGAGAGUAAAUGCGAUUUGUCUUCUCGAUGAUCAAAAAUUGACUGAACAGGAAUUCAUCGAAGAAGAAAUCUGCGGAAAUCGCUAUGCCAAGAGACUGAUCAACUUUCAAAUCCCAAGCAAUACGGAGUGGAACUGUCACCACAGUUUCAUCAAAGUCCUCAACCAUGAUGGGAAUUUCUCGAAGAAAAGUUGCGCCAUUCCAGCGGGGAUAAAAGACGUGGCAGUUCGAAAAGCCAUGUGCUUCACAAACUCACUGAGCUGGGGAUUCUGCGCCUCGCCGGAGCGCUUCCUCUCGUCAACCUGUCAGACUUCGGGCGCGGAUGAAAAGGGAAUCUUCAAUUGCUGUUUGGAUUCGCUGGAGUCGGCCGAUCAUUUGAAGUGUAUGGCAAAUAUGGGUGGAUACAAAACUUAUACACUGGAAAUUUUGGACGAGAAGGACGAGCUGCAUCUUGUGCAUGUCAGCAUUGCUGAAAUCACCUCCUGCUGUGCGCUUUAUUCUGAUUACGGAGGUCAUUUCUUUUAA